CAACAGAACUAUGCUUGGUCAUGCAGUACGUCCAAUAUCUGUCAGUCGAGGUUCUAGAGAAGGAAAUGAUGCUUUCUUGAAGGAACCAAUGGAGCAAUGUCAAGUACAGAUUGAUGAUAAUAAAAUUAAAGAUGCACUUUCUGCUGGUGUUUCUUUGAACACUUUAAACAUAAUCUGCAAUGGAAAAAAUUCAUUACAUAGGGAUGUAGUGCCUGAAAAGAGUGAAAGCUUAUACCGAAAUAUUGUUGUAGCCUUAAGACAUGGACAUCAUAAUUUGGCUGGUCAGUUAAUAAAGGAAUGUUUAGAGCAAGGUGGUUAUGGGUUCAAUAAACUUCACAGAGAUGUACUGUUGAAUGAAAGUGAGCCACUAGACAAGUUUCGAGCUGUUUCUGUUUUAAAAAAGCCUCAUGAAAAUUUCAAGGUUACUCCACUUCAUUGUGCAGCUGUUAAUCCAAAUCCCAAGUACUUAUCUUCACUGUUAUCAGUUGUUCCUGACUAUAACUUAGUAGAUAAGAGUGGGUGGAGACCAGUCCACUAUGCUGCUGCUUGCAAAAGUACAGGUCCUUUGGAGCUUUUGCUUUCAAGGGGCAUAAAUGCUUAUGAAACUCAAACUGAAGGUAACACCCCUCUUCAUGUUGCAUCUCAGACCGGUAGACACCAUAACGUGGAGCUGCUUUUUAAGCAUGCCGUUUCUUCAGAUGAGGAUGAAGAUUCCUCUGAUCCAUCUCUGGAGAAAUUUGGAGUUGGUGGGUGUGAACGACCAAAUAAAAAAUCCUACACCCCUCUGCAUCUUGCUGUGCUACAUGGUCAUUUGAACGUGGUGAAAGUCCUACUGAAGUAUUCCUCUGUGAACAAGUCAACAAGUGCAGCUGUUGAAAAGUUAACUCCACUCAUGAUAGCCUCACAGCAAGGUUUUCUUCCAAUAGUGAAGUUUCUUGUGGAGAAUGGAAAGUGUCUGGUGGAAGUUGGAGACAAGAGACACAGGACAGCUCUCACCCAUGCUAUUAUUAAUGGACAUGCUCAUGUUGCAUCAUACCUUCUGAGGAUUGGAGCAGAUCCUAACACUAAAGAUAGUUCAGGAAAUACGUUAGUUCACUAUGCUGCUGCAUAUGGGUGGUACUUCUGCCUCAAAUUGUUGGUUGUGGAAGCAAAAGCAGACCCUAAUUUACCCAAUGACUGGAAGCUUACUCCAUUUGCUGUGGCAUUCAUGAAAGGACACAUGGGUCUAGUUGAUUUUCUGUUGAACUUACCAAAUGUGGAUGUCAAUGUGUGGGUUGAUGAGAAGGAUAUGACUCUAGUGAUGCACACAAUAUGUUCUAAGAUCAGUAUGACUCAGCUUCAAAGACUUAAUUUUUUAUUAGUGAAGUACAAGAGUGAUUGUAGAAAGAAGGAUGUUUUUGGAAAUAAUGCUCUUCAUCACUUAGUUCUUCAGGAAGCUGAUGAAAUGAAUACAGUAAGAUGUUACCAAGAAGAUAAAAAGGUUCAGAACUCACAUGACCAGCUUGUAAAAAAGAUAGCCAAAUUACUAUUAUUUCAUGGUUGUGAUCCUAAAGAAAAGAACAAAACAGGAGAAUCUGCCUUUACUCUGGCUGUCAAAAAGGGAUGCCUUGUUUUAGCAAAAGAAUUUUUAGACCAUGGAUGUGAAUUGACAUUAGAGGAAGAUGCAGUCGGAGAUACAUUACUACACUCAUUUAUCCAGCAGGCUUUAGACAAAGAUGUUUUACCAUUGUUGAAAGCUUUUCUUAAUGCAGAGAGUAGUUCAUCCAACUAUUCCCCUUGUGAAACUCUGCGCCAAAUGGCUACAAAGUACAACAGAAAUUGUCGUACCCCUUUGUUAGAAGCCUUGUGGUCUUUGAAGACAACAGAAAGACCCAAAUCUGUUAAACAACUUCUGCAUUUUAUCAAAUUUUUGCUUGAAGAACUUUGCUCUGACGUGUCAGCAUUGAUUAAAGAGAAUCAAAUAGGAGUAGCUGUUUGUUCAGCACUUCAUUUGGCUGCAAUGUGUAAAACUGGACAAGCCACAAAACUUUUGUUAGCACACCAGCCACCUAUUAAUGUGAAGGAUGCAGAAGGCAGGACACCUCUUGUGGUGGCCAUUGUUGCUGCUAACUAUGAAGCAGCUGAGGCAUUGAUCAAAGCUGGUGCAGAUGUUAAUAUCCCUCUAAGUAAAGGAGAAGAAAAUCUACCACCGCUUCUCUUAGCAGCGCGGGACAAGAAAUUUUCAAAACUUGUGCCUCUAUUAGUUCAACAGAAGGCUGAUGUCACUGCCAUUAAUCACAAGGAUGGAAACACUGCUCUUCAUUACAUUGUUGACAUACCUGUAUCAGAUGUAGAAAUUGUUAAAAAAGUUAUUGAAGCAGGAGCCAAUAUCAAUGCCCCCAACACUUUUCUCAGGACACCUCUUCACCUGUCAGUAAACAGCCAUACAGGAGGUACAGAUGUGGCAUUAGAUAUCCAGGACUACCUGCUACAAAGAGGAGCCCAAACUUAUAUACCCGAUAUACUUGGGAGAAUCCCACUCCACUAUGCCUUUGUUAAAAUCUCUAGAGAAAAUGAUUUUUCCCACUCAGACCCAAUUGAAUUGGUAGGUUUGCUCACCAGAACAGUGGGAACUUGUCCUGUUGACCUAGCAGAUAACAAUGGGCAAACACCAUUGCAUUUAGCUGCUGCUCAUGGAGCCACUAUUUCCUGCAUGUAUCUUUCUCAGAGGAUGAAAACACUGGACUUGAAGGAUAAAAAUGGAAAUACCCCUCUAGGUUUGGCUGUCUUGCACAAACAUGAAGGAUGUGCUGUGAUGCUGCUUCAAAAAGGUGCGAGCUGCACCUUGGAUCUCGUCCAUACAAGACCAGUCCGAGAGAAAGAGAAUGCUUGGAAAUGGAAUUAUUUAAAGGAAUUACCAAAGCCUUCAAUUAAACACUCCAUUUUACAGGAAGCAGUGAGUAUAGAUUGGCAAGGAGUGUUGUACCUGAUGUUGGAUCAGCUUGAAACUGUUGGAAAGGGAUUAUCACUUGCUCUCGAGGCAGCUGUGGCAACUAGCCACUACCAGCUAGCAUUGAAACUUAUGAGUCGAGUAAGAUUUGGGCAGACUCUAUACAGUGAGAAGCAAACUAUGUUGCAUCUUCUUGCACGAGAAGCAGUGCCUGGUUAUCAAGAAGAGCUGCAAGUGAAGGUGGCUAAGGCUCUGAUAGAUAAAGGUGUACCAAUCAUGGCACGAGAUGAACAUGAUUGCUCUGUGGUUACAUAUGCAGCUGUAAACUGGAAUGACACCUUGUGCCAUUUUUUCACCGAUGUUAUGGGAAUAACAGAAGUGAUAAAAGCUGAUCCAGAUAAAUCUGAACAUACUCCAUUUUCUGCUCUUUUCUGGCAAUUAGGAUCAGAACCUUUCCCAAAAGAAAUAAGAAACUGGUGCCUAAACCUGAUUAAAUCUGGUGCAUCUCCUAACAUCAUCACAUACUAUCCAAUUUGGGAGACUCCCUAUCCAGGUGUACCAUGUUGUACCAAAAAUAUUAUCCACUUACAGGAUGACAACUGUUCUAAGUUGUCUCCAUUGAUGGUGGCAAUAUUUAAACAAAACUACCAAACUGUCAAGAUGUUGAUCUCAAAUGGAGCAGAUGUGAACUUCCCUGAUGAGCAGUUGAAAACUCCUCUGAUGUUGGCAGUUCGAGUGAAUGAUGUGAAGAUGGUAAAACUACUUUUGAACAAUUCUUAUGAUCCAGAUACAGAUUACCAUCCACUUUCAGGCUCAAGAAUUGAGUUUCAGAAAAAUAGCUCGGUGGACCUGACUAAACAAGAUAAGAAUGGGUGGACAGUGAUACAUCAUUUAGUGUGCCCACAUCCUAACUUUACAUACAGUGAUACAACACUCUUGUAUUUGCUAGCUAAGGUUGGAGCACCCUUGAACACUCCUGACAACACAGGUCUAACCCCUAUACAGCUGGCUGUCAGGCAACAAGCAGAAAACCUUGUGAAUGCAUUACAGGAGCUUCUGAAGGUUCCUACUGCUGAACAGGUCACUCUGCAUUUGAACCCUCCUAUAAAUAUAGAUGAUGGAAUACAAUGGGUGUUACCAGGAUAUUCCUACAAGACUGAUUGCAAAGCAAUGCUUGAGAAAUUGGAAAAGGAAACUAGUAUAAAAAGUAAUGAAGAGGAACCAAAACCUAAUGUUGCUUGUCUCUCUGGCUUAUCUGAUUCUGGGGAGGUGGUUAUGGAUCCGAAUCAGAACAUUCCAUUUGAUGUUCUGAUGACACUUGUUGAUCUCAGUUAUGGAAGUUUUGGACUGUACAAUUUUUACAAAAUGCAG